UGGGCCUGUCCUGGUAAAGUCAAGGAAGAGUUGUCGUUCAUUAUUUCCACUGAACUCUUACUUUCAGAUGAAAGAUCUGGUUACUCCUCCACCAUGGUCAGUAAGAUGGUCUUUUGGGGGAUCUUACAUGUGAUGCUGGUUUUGUUUGACUCUUACACAGCCGAGGAAUGUGAGAAAAUGACGGACCUCAAUAUUCCAGACUCCAUUGUCGGUACGGCUGUGGAUGUGAGGUUACUGUUUUACACACGGGCGAAUGCCUCCUGCGGUCAGCUGCUCUCUCAUGAAGACCCCUUCAGCAAUCCUGACUUUGACCUCUCCCGGCCCACCACCUUCCUUAUCCACGGGUACAGGCCCACCGGCUCGCCCCCAGUGUGGCUGUACCAGUUUGUGGAGUUUCUUCUGAUGCGCAGUGAUUUGAAUGUUAUCGUGGUGGAUUGGAACCGCGGUGCAACUAAUGUCAACUAUCUAAAAGUGGUGAAAAACACACGUGUGGUGGCCAAGAAGCUGACAGAGCUCAUCCAAAAAAUGAAGGAUAACGGGGCUAGGCUCAGCUCCAUACACAUGAUUGGUGUUAGUCUGGGAGCCCACAUUUCAGGUUUCACCGGGGCCGACUUUAAUGGUGAAAUAGGCAGAAUAACAGCACUGGAUCCAGCGGGGCCGCAGUUUAACCGUCAGCCGCACAGUAAACGUCUCGACCCGUCUGAUGCACAGUUUGUGGACGUUCUACACACAGACAUGGAUGCAUUGGGCUACAGGAAUCUGCUGGGUCAUAUUGACUACUAUGCAAACGGUGGAGCCGACCAGCCAGGAUGCCCCAAGACCAUCUUUUCAGGAUCUCAGUAUUUCAAGUGUGAUCACCAGAGGUCAGUGUUUCUUUAUUUGAGCUCUUUGAAUGGCUCCUGUCCCAUUAUUGCCUACCCCUGUGACUCCUACACAGACUUCCUCGAUGGGAAGUGCAUGGAUUGUAGGAUGUUUGGGUCUGCCGGAUGCCCUGUUUUUGGUCAUGAUGCUAUUCGCUGGAAUGAGUCACUGGUGCAGUUUGGAGAAACACGGACAUAUUUCCAAACGAAUAGAGCGUCUCCAUUCUGCAAGUUCGGUUACAAGGUCGAUAUUGUGACAUGGAAUCAGAAAACACAUUGGGGUUAUUUAACCAUUACAUUACAAGAUGGACAACAAGAGUCACAAGUUGAACUCAAGCAUAAGGCCUUCGCCUUUGAAAAGUAUGUGGAGACCAGCCUUCUUGCUCAGUUUGAUAGAGAUAUCCAGCCUGUUAAAAAGAUCACUGUGAAGUUCUGUACAGCAAAAGCAUUCUGUCCAAAAAACAAACUCCGGAUACUCAGCAUACGUCUCACUCCUUUACAUAGCAAAUCCAGGCCUCUUUGUCGCUAUGAUCUUGUUCUGGAAGAGAAUAAAAAUGUGACCUUUAAACCAAUUCCUUGUGAAGACUCGAACUUUUGAUCCAGAGAUUCCCAAACAAUGUUGAAGUAUACAAGUUUUACAGAGCAGUCACACGAUCACUGGCUCUGUACUUGUGAUACAGCAGUUAUUUCAUACUUGUGUAGUGUUUAACUCAAAGGGACAGUUCACCUGAAACUGAAAAUUCUGUCAUCAUUUACUCACCCUC